AUGGUGAAGUUUUUGGCUCCCCCUCAAAAGAGUGGAAAUGGCCCCAGCUCCGGCUCUGACUCAAUGGUGAGUGAACCCCGACCCACUGAAGUGAGACGCCGGCACCACACCAUGGAGCGAGACCGGUGCAAUCCUGAACACCGCUUUCUGCGUCGCAGCGUCAUCAGCGAUUCCAAUGCUACUGCGCUGGCCUUGCCUCUACCCAGCAAGAUCCCCAUCCCCGCUCCUCAGCGAGUUCAGGCACGAGAAGAAGCCCCCCUGAAGAAGAAGGCCCCGACUGGACUCUUGUCUAAAUGUGAACCAACAUUAUCACAAAACCAAAAGUCUCCUGGUGACGGCAAAAGUGAAGGAAACGGUGGAGUUGAAGAAAUAACAAAGUUAGAAGUUGCACCUUUGCAAGAAGGUCCUGCAAAUGUCGGAAACAUCUGUGAUGGAGAGGAACCCAUAACAGUCCAGUCAUCACCAUGCAGAAGAACAGAGUUGUCCAGUCACACUGAACCUGAAAGUGGUGCGGAGGUCAAGGCUCAGAUUGAAGAGGAUGAAGAGAAUAAAGACUCUGCCAAGGCUCGAGCUGAGGCUGAGCAGAGGGAAGCAGAGAAGAAAGUACAAGAAGACAUUGAGGAAGCUGAAACCAAAGCAGUGGGAACAUCACCUGACGGCAGAUUUCUCAAGUUUGAUAUUGAGAUUGGUCGAGGCUCCUUCAAGACUGUCUACAAGGGCCUGGACACAGAGACGACGGUGGAGGUGGCCUGGUGUGAGUUGCAGGAUCGCAAACUUUCCAAAACUGAGCGGCAGCGUUUUAAAGAAGAAGCCGGGAUGCUAAAAGGAUUGCAACAUCCCAACAUAGUUCGUUUUUAUGACUCCUGGGAAGGGCCCUCCAAAGGAAAGAAGUGUAUUGUCUUGGUCACUGAACUCAUGACAUCGGGCACACUAAAGACGUACCUGAAACGGUUUAAGGUGAUGAAGAUCAAGGUGCUGCGCAGCUGGUGUAGACAAAUCCUCAAGGGCCUUCAUUUCCUUCACACUCGGGCCCCACCCAUUAUCCACAGGGAUCUCAAGUGUGACAACAUAUUUAUCACAGGCCCAACUGGAUCUGUCAAGAUCGGCGACCUGGGACUGGCCACGCUCAAAAGGGCAUCCUUUGCCAAAAGUGUCAUAGGUACCCCAGAGUUCAUGGCCCCUGAGAUGUAUGAGGAGAAGUACGACGAGUCAGUGGAUGUGUAUGCCUUUGGAAUGUGCAUGCUGGAGAUGGCCACCUCAGAGUACCCGUACUCAGAGUGCCAGAACGCUGCACAGAUCUACCGCAGAGUAACCAGUGGGGUGAAGCCUGGCAGCUUUGACAAGGUGGCCAUUCCGGAGGUGAAGGAGAUCAUCGAGGGCUGUAUUCGCCAGAACAAAGAUGAAAGGUACUCCAUCAAGGAUCUGCUGAACCACGCCUUUUUCCAAGAGGAUACAGGGGUUCGCGUUGAGCUGGCGGAGGAAGAUGACGGGGAGAUGGAGGCUAUCAAACUAUGGCUCCGAAUUGAAGAUGUGAAAAAACUGAAAGGGAAGUACAAAGAUAAUGAAGCGAUCGAGUUCUCUUUCGAUCUCAGUAAGGAUGUGCCAGAAGACGUGGCUCAGGAGAUGGUUGAGUCUGGUUACAUAUGUGACGGUGACCUCAAAACCAUAGCCAAAGCCAUUAAGGACAGAGCGUCACUAAUUUGCCGUAAAAGAGCACAGAGGCAAAAGGUUCGAGAAGAUCAGGAAAAGCAACGGUUUGAAGAUGAGCAGCAGAACCCCGUGGUGCCUCUUCAGCAGCCAGUUCUGCAGCCCACUGGGGAGGUGCCCAUGGGCCAGCCAGUGCUCCAGUCUGCCCCCUAUGUGCCACCACAGCCAAACCAGCAAAGCUCACAAGUGGUUCCUCAGCCUCCCUCCCAACAGAACCUGACAUCCUCCAGCUACAGCAUUCCACAGGCCACCCCCCUCAGUGGUGUCACGCACUCAUUGUCCUAUGUGCCUCAGACGUCCGGCCAAAUGCCACUCCCUGUCCAAGGCCAAAAUGUAAUGUCUGGUCAGCAGGAGACUGAGGAGGCUGAGGCAGACCAUCACACUCAUACUUCAGGAGGCGUCGUAGUGGGAGACAGAGUUCCACAUUCAUCUAUUCCGCCUGAUGCCCACCCCGCUCAACCGGCCGUAUCGUACAGCACUCCCACGGUUCAACCCCCCUUUCAGACCCCAGUGUUAAGUCCACAGACACAAAGUGACCCAGCACAGCUGCCAGCGGUUCUACCUCUGAGUCAAAGCAUCCAUGGAGAAGUGGUUCCCCUUGCCCCCAGCAGCCAGAUUGCUCAGCAGUACGGCGUUUACUACCAAUCAACUCUCCCCCCUCAGAUUCCUGUACAGCUGGGGGUUUCUCAGAGCUCGUCUCAGUUGUCCCCUGCACAGGCCCCUGCAGCAGACGCUGUUUUGGUCAGCCAGAGCCCUGUUCUGGCACAAGGACAAACAAGCCAACAGCUUCAGACUCCUGUCAGUGUCCCGCAGGCCACAGCAGCUGAGCAGCCUUCUGCAGCUCCAGUGCAGCAGCCCAUGGAGAGCUGCUUGUCAGACGCAGCUUCAGGUCUGAGUGAUGGAAAUGAAGGAAACUCGACUUCUGGAGGACGUCAUGAGGGCCGCUCCCUGAAACGCCACCAGAGGAGAUCAGUGCGCAGCCGCUCCCGCCACGAGAAGUGUGCGAGAGCCAAGCUCAAUGUUCUGAGUAUCUCUAAUGUUGGAGACAGAGUUGCCGAGUGUCAGCUGGAGACACACAACAGGAAGAUGGUCACGUUCAGGUUCGACCUGGACGGGGAUAAUCCAGAGGAGAUUGCGCAGAUCAUGGUCCUGAGUGAGUUCAUCCUAGAGAGUGAGCGAGAGUCUUUCAUUGAACAAAUCCGAGAAGUUAUAGAAAUGGCAGAUGAAAAAGGAGACGGCAUGAAGGAAGCGUUCCCUCAAAUGAGUGAUCGACCGCAACAACAGGAGUUAUCUGUGCCCAUGUUGCCAGGCAUUUCUCCCAGCACUACAGCUCAGGUUGUGCACUCAGCAGGAAGGCGCUUCAUUGUGAGUCCUGUGCCCGAAUCUCGUCUUAGGGAGCAGUUCUUUGGCAACCCGUCCUCUAACAACUCUUUUGGAGAUGAUCCAUCCACUGUUACCACUGGAUCCCUGAGCCUUUCUUCAUCUGCACCAGCGGCAGUUCUCCAAGAAGGACUUCAGAAAAUCCAACAAGUUAAUGAGGAAAUAAGUGAUAAAUCUAAUAUCAUCAUGGAGCAAAAAACAGUUUCAGUUCCACCUACAGAGGUGCACCAUGAACCGAGCAUCACCAAUUUCUCUCCAGAGAUUGUGCCAUCGACCACAAGCACCACUUACCCCGACGUGCCCACUACUUUCACCACCACCACAGAGACAGUCUCCCCACCUAACGCACCCAGUCAAACACAAAUGCCUCCGUCAGUAGUGCCUGCUCUGCCUCUGCAGCUGACAACUGAGAGUGCUCAGCCUCAGCCUCCACAACUGCCUACUGCCCCCACUUCAACUGUCACUCCUACCCCUCAAGUACCACCCUCUCAACCUAUCGGGCUGACGAGUCCCCCGGUGUCUUCUAAUGCUGCUGUGCCUAACAACAAUGGCUCCACUCCAGUCCCUGAUCAGCAGCCUUUUAAUGGCGCUUCUACUUCCAUACAGUCCACAAAUCCCCUACAGCAACCAGGCACCCAGAAUCCACCAGUGGCCAAUUCUAACCAGCAACCACCAUCUUCAAUAUCUACUCCGGGCCAAAUCCAGCCUCAGCCGGCAGAGGCUGAAGGGCUGGAGGUCCAGGCUAAGACAGGGGGCAGAGAUGACAUCGAAGCCCUGGAUAAAAAGUUGCGCUCACUGUUUAAAGACCCACCUACCACGUCCUCUUCUGUGGAUCCUUCUCAGAGCACAGGAACCUCCUCCCCUCCAGCAGGCACUUCGUCUCCACCACCAGGUCAGGCUCUGGUGCCUCCAUCCAACCUCCCCCUUACGUCUGGGACACCUGCCCCCACCCCUGGACACGCACAAACCCCGCCAACUAAACCUCGAGCUCAGACGUUACCUGCAGGCUUUGAUCCAUCUGCAACACUUUCUGCUGAGCUCAUACCACCAUUUCCUGGACCAAAUCCGCAACAAAUCAAUCAUUUAGAUGCCCAGUUGAGAAGAGCUCUCAGCCCAGAGACCGUUCAGGGAACUCCUGCAACACAAAACCCCGGCACUGGCUUCACACUUGGACGCUUCCAGGUCUCCAUUGCCCCUGAUGCCCCAAACAAUGUACCAGAUGGCUCUACUGUGGCCUCUUCCUGUUCCAUGACAUCAUCCUGCACCUCGUCAUCAUCCUCUUCUCCAUCGAGUCCAGAAAAUACUCUUCACCGAUCGUCCUGUCUGUUCAAAGAAAUAAGUGCCACUGACAAGAGAAAUGGAAGCCCAGGUCCCUGUGCUGAACCCAACAGCGAGAACACCAAAACGAUUGGGCGAUUCCAGGUGUCCACCAGCUCCAGCACUCCCCCCACGUCUAGUGCAGGGUCGAGGGUUGGCCGCUUCUCUGUCACAGUGAGCUCUCCUCCUGCAGAAGAUCACAAAGAUUCACAUGGGACCACUUUGCAGAAUGGGCCGUCCUCGUCCACCUCUGACCCCCACAACGUGCACACGCCUUACAGCAGUGACAAUGACAACGACUCUGACGCUGAGGAUGAAGCACUGCAGAAGGAAAUCAGCCGUCUCCGGGAAAAACACAUGUUGGAGAUUCAGGCUUUGCAGAACCAGCAGCAGCAGGAAAUCGAGUCCCUGUUCACACGCAGUGGAAAAGCCCCCCCAGCCUCGGUUAUCUCACCUGCUGUGGCGAUGGCUGGAGGCCGCCGCAGAUUGAAGAGCAAGACUCACAAACCAGCACGGAGCCCCUCCCACCCCGGAACUCCUUUAUCUGGCCAAAACUCUAAUUGUUCAGAGCCAGUUCCAAAGCAAGACUCUUUGUCUGGAUCAGUAUUAGAUGCAACAAUAGAAGCUUCACAAGCUGCAUGUGGAACAUCUCUGAUGACUUCCUCUGCUUCUAUGCCAAUCCUUAGCUCCCCUGGAUCAUUGGUGACUGGUUCAACCAACGGCACAGGCCAUGUUCACAACCACCAGUCGUCUGGUGGCUCUGCCGGCCACUCGCAAAAGGGCAAGGGCACUUUCACCGAUGACCUGCAUCAGCUGGUAGACAACUUUGCACGGGAUGCCAUCAGUUUGUCUCAGUGUAAGAAGGGUCCAAAAACAGGAUCACAAGUAGGACAUGAUCCAAAUAUCCCUCCAGCCAACUUGGGUCGUAAAUACUCUGCUCCAGCCUACCUGUGCCCAACGCUCCCUUCGUCACCAAACCCCACUUGCUCCGCUUCCGCUCCAAUCCCAAACCAGACCAAUUCCUCAGCCCCUCUGGGCCAACGAAAAGGCUCCUUGGGUCCAGUGGCCCCAGGCUUUGGUUACUCCUCAGCCCCUUACAGCUCCUCUCAGUGGGCCGGACCCACAAGCACGUGUCAAGUCAGCAUGAUUAACCCCUCACAGCCCCUGGCCCAGUACCAGCCACCGACCACCGGCUCGGUGCCGCUGCACCAGGGAUACCAUAUCGGAACGGGCACGGCGCCACAGAACUCUGGAGGUGCUAACUUGAGGCCCACAUAG